GCUCAUUCCACUGGUUUAACUCAGCAUAUUCCAUCGUCAUCUUCCGUGGCUUUUCAUGGCACACUUGGGGCCCAGAACAGAAAGCGGAGCUAUCGCUUUGCUGGCUCUGGCUCUUGGCCGGAAGAGUCCACUAUGGCGGGUAUCGAAAUGCAAUGGGCAGGAGGGUACGUUUGAAAGUGCCUGUUUUUGACAAGCUUACCAUUUCGCAUCUCGGUUUUUGUUCCUUGGUCUUCUUUUUGGCGAAAGAUACGAACUGCUGCGCGAUGAACGAUCGACAGCCAUUGAUCCUUGUUCCUAGGCGUUUUUCUUUCUUGCGACUGUGAAAGGCUCGUGUCUUGAGAAGUUCCCACACUUUCGUCACAAUCCCCUUUAUGCUGCCGGCCGUUUUUCUCUCUUGCCAAACAUUAACGCCACACACAUCGAGGCCCUUGUAUUCCGUAUUGUAAAAUUGGCAGGGGCAGCAGCGUACCAACGCCACCCCUUAUCUCUUCUCUCCGCGAACUCGUCCGCUGGCCCGUAGAACAGGAACCACGAGGUUAUAUUGGCAAGCAUACCCCAUUUCUUUUGCUCAUACUCUCCAUUUCGCUCCUGCGCAUUGUAUGCAACUGUUUGAUAGAAUAAUGUUAUACGUUUACCGUAAGUUCCCCUUUCUGCUUUUUUUCAUGGAGCCUGCCUCGGUAGCUCUAGAUAUUCUCUAGUCCCGGCAUAUCAAAACUCUCUAAAAAUGAAAGAGUUGAUCAUUGAAUAACCAUUGAUGGUAUUGAGCGGGCAUGCGUUGUCUUUCUCACGUAAUUCCCUGUGGUGUAAUGCCCAUAUGGCUCCUGCUGCCGCAGAUUGCUUUUGCGGAGAUGUGUUGCGCGAUGCCUAGCAGCCAAGAAUUCACCUCGUGUCCUUGCCUUGUGUUUGGUUCCUUUGUACUCAUCUGUCGAAUCCCAGUUUGUCGCCGCUCGUGGGAUAUUUCAUCCGCGUCCCAUGUAUGACGUGUCGUUGAAGACGACUUUCUAAUUGCUAUCCUUUUGCGUCUCCUGGCCCCUUGACUUCAAUUCUCUGUCACUUCAGUAAACACCUUACCUUUUCUGCCUUGCUCUUGCCUUACUGUUAUCAUCUGAUCUGAAUGGAAAAAUCUUCUGCGGAGGGAAACACCGUGGUUUCUUGGUGGACAGCACGGGCACGCACAGAACCGCUUCAUCUCGUUUCACUACCUGCGUUUCUCUCAGUCUUUCCUUUUUUCGUCGCUUGCUCCCAUGAGGGCGCACAGCCGUCGACGGGGCUCCGACAAUACCCAUAAGGACUCCAAGAUGCGGCUGUCUCUUCUUUCAGACUUUUCUCGAUUUCCACAAGAAAUAGUCACGCAGUACUACCAAAACUUCCCGCCUUUUGUAUCUGAUCUAUCCGUCGCUGUACACGAUGGAGACCAGCUCCGCCUCUCACCGGCGCGUAGAGAAGGCUGGUUCUGAUCCCUCCUCCCUGUUAGAGAAAGUAGUCUCUCUUCCGCAGGAGACCGAAAGGAGGCGAGAAGAGUCACAUCGUGACAGUUCAACAUCUGCAGAAAAGGCAUUUACGCUCUUGAAGGAUGACAACUUUUUAGCCAAAUAUCCCACACUAGUGAGGGCGCUGCAAGAAACUGUCGGCGAUGCUCCUCCUUCGUCGUCGUCCUCUGCGAGCGCUCCGCUGGCCUGUGCAGCUCCGACAGGGCCCCCUGCUCGUGAAGGACAUAGUUUCGCGUCGUCCCCUCCUAGUGAUGAGCAUGUCCUUGCAGCGCCGCCUUCAUUCUUCUGUUCUUCUGCGGCCGAUCCUUCCCAGUCUGUUUCUUCUUCAGCGCCCCCGGGUUCAAGCAACUCCGGAUCUUCCCCGGAGGGCUGUACCGCGUACGAGCCUACACCUCGCGUGUCUGUUCAAACUCCAUCUUCAUCUCGACAAGUUUCCUGGCUACACCCGCAAGUCGACCUGGGCCGUCCAACACCUUCUUUCGCGUUCUCUCCGACCGUGGGAAUCAGUCCUCCAUCAGCACCUGUUACGACGCACAACUCGUCGCCUCCGCCUUCUCCUCAUGGUCGCCAGCCUUCCUCGUUUUCGCCUGACUCGCAGGCUCUCUUGAAUCCGUCACCUAACCCUGCUACCGUUACCUCUGCUGUCCACGCUUCUGUCCCUUUUCGGUCGUCUGUCGCCUACGACGAUAAAGGAGACAGUUGGCAUGCUCCUCAGCCUCCGGGCGCGGUGGGCCCCCAGCCCACCGUUGAAGGAGGCAACAACGAUAGGCAUCAAGAGAUGGAGAUAGGAAAUGGCAACACUCUGCUUUUGCAAUCGGGACCUUCCCCGAAUGCUCGCCACAGUCCAGGGAAAAAGGGCAGUCCCGGACACACGAAGGGGGGCGGACACUCUGCAGUGGAACCCCAGGUUCCAGCCUCGCGAUACAUUCCAGCCGAUAUGCGCUAUCGGAAGGACCUUUUUUCCCCGCCUGGAACCACAGAGAAGAGGAUGGAGGGCGGAGCGGCUGUGGAGACAGAAUUCGGACACAUGGGCGGAACAGCUGUGGCACCUCCAGUCUUUGAAGUGCCGCCAGGAGCCGGGCCUCCCCACCACUUUUUGAACAGGUUGGAGGACUUGCAGCGUCAGUAUGCGGGAGUCGUAAGCGCACGAAAUGCGGUCGAGUACCAGUACCAACUCUUUCGCUCUUUGGAUCGUCCGCCUAUUCUUCUGAGCACUCCGACGCGUCCGUCCUUUCUUCCCGCGACGCCAGGCCCUGGAGUCUACACGAGGCUGCCGCCCCAGCUCCCCCGACCCCUGCAGAAUCUCCAACACCUAUACCAACAGAGACAGCUGGCGGCAAAAUGGGCGCCGCCGGGUAUGAAGCGCGGAGUUCCCGGAUCAACGCUUCCGGGUUUCGCGCCGACAGGCGCCCUAGUUUCCCCAGAAAGCGUCGUCUUGCCUUGGCAGACAACGGCGCCUCCGCCCUUGUUUCCGGGUACUGGAGGCCUUCCGGGGGCGGCCUGGAACCGGAAUGGGCGCCCGCCGGGUUUGGGCCCCAAAGGCGCCGCGCCCGGUCCGGAGGUCGGGGGACACAUCGCCGGGACGCCGGCCUCAAUUCUGGGUCGCCCAGCCCGAGAUGUGCCGGUAGACUGGAAGGGCCUAGGGCCAGUGGAAAAGGACAAAACCGUGAACCCUGCUAUCGUGUUUGCAAAGGAGACGAUGGACGGCGUUCUGCAGCAGCUUCAGUCGGAGGCGGUAUCCUUGAAGAAGGGCAGCAGAGAAAUGGGGCGUAAACUGCUGGAGAGCAAAAUCAAGUCAGAGGUUGAGGAGUGGAAGACGAUGGGGGUGGACGAGCGCUUGUGCGAGUUGAGCGUGGAGCAGCAGGCGUUCAUCAAGGAGCAGUUGCGGGCGAUUGACGAGGCGAAAGAGAAUCUUCAGACAAUGAAGAGCGAGGCCAACCGCAUCGAACACCAGGCCCGAGACUCGUUCUACCGGGCUUUGUAUGCUUCUGGGGAAGAUAGCGAAGAAGUCCGCGCCCAGCGCGAGCAAAUGAAGAAACUGGAGGAGCUGCGUCAACAGCUGCCUCCAGAGUCGUCUGUCGACGCCACAGUCUGUGGGUACGUCACCCAGGGCGGCCCCGACCCUCUAGAGAAUCUAGACCAACUGGAUCUGGGCCAUACAUUGGAGCAGCUUCCCGCCCAGAAGUGCAAGCUGGCUGUGGCGUCUCUGCUGCGGCAAAUGGGGUACCGGAACUCUCAGAAACCGGUCCCUGUCCGGCGGAACGGCUACCCCGCGCAAUACUUCUCGAAGUUCCCCGAACUCUAUCCGUACCCCGAGUAUGGCGUGGGCCUCCCGCUGUCGCAGCAGGCCAUCCAGGAGCGGAGCCGCGAGCUGGAGGAGAAGGGCAGCGCCUCCAGCGCGCUGGCCGCUGUCCAAAGCUCUGAAGCUUCGGUGCCUGCGCCCGUGGACUCGACUUUGCUGAAGGAGGAGCAGAGUCUGAUGAAAGAGCAGAAGAAGAAACAACAGGAAGAACUCGAUUGGGAGGAGUACUUCCGCACCAAGCGCGAGGAGCGAGAGCGGGAACUCGAGGAGGAGCGCACGCGGAAGGCCCGCGAAGAAGCCAUGCGCGCCGCCGAAGAAGCCCGGCAAGCAGUGGCCCUUCUCGCCCAGAGACAGAAGCUGCUCGAAGAAGAGACGCGGUGCGCUGAGCGAAAGGCGCGCGCAGAGCGGGAACUUGCAGAGGCUGAGGAGGCGAAGGCGCGUGCCCUCAGAGAAGCCACGCUCCGGACCCGAGAGCGGAGUCGGGACCGCUUUCACGACGAAUCGAGCCGCAGCCGAGAGGGCUCCGACCAAGAACACAGGCAGCGACGAAUGACGUCCUACAGAGCCGAGAAAUCGCGCACUGACCACGAUGCCGAGAGGGACGCCGCUGCUCGGAGACUACCCUCCAUCGGGAAGGCUGCAACGCAAAAAGAGGAGGCGGCCUGGACGGGUCUGCCGCGUCGCGAGACGACUUUGACCGUCGAAGCCGCCGAGAGGCUGGCGGAUCGCAUGCGCCAGGCGAGCCUGGUGAAGCGGCGGAGCAUUUUGAGUCCAAAGGCGCGCGUCGACCGAGAGCGAGAGGAGGAUACGGGACAUGCCGGGGAAAGGAGGGGCGAGAGAGGCGAAAGCAAAUUCCAUUCGAUGCCCAGUCUCGGCGUCCAGAGAACUCUUACCAUGUACAAAACGCCUCUGUCUCGCACCCUCUCGUCUUCUCAGCCCCUAGAACGGGGCGCCGGCGUUGACAAACGCGGGACCAUGGGCGACGCUCAUAGGCUCUCUCUCGACAAAGCUGAGGCCUCUCUAGAUGACAAACGAGACUUGGAGAAAGUGCAAAUCCCCGAACAGCUUUUGUCCGCAGGCCUCGUUGUCUUGCCCGUCGAAACCCGCCGGAAAGCCGACCUCACAAAGGGCAUACUCGCAAGACGCUUGCCCGUUCAAAAGUGCGAGAGCUUUGUCCACCUCGAACCGCCGCCGGAGCCCCAUGAUGCGGGAGAGGUCUACGCGCGGUAUAGAGAAAUGAAAGAACUCCUUGCCACCGGCCAGCUCGGUUUGAAAGAAAAGGCGCAGGACGUGUAUGACUUUGCGUUCGCAUGCUGCAAGAAGAUUGUCCGCGAAGAUCCACACUCGCAGCAAUACGCCAACGUGCUCAUGGAGGCGGUUCCCUACUACCCCUAUCAACUGGACAUUCAGCGAGCUGCGGUCAUUGCCUUCCUCAACAUCUUCGAGCACUGCAAAUACCAAGAACAGCUCUCCGUUCCGCUCUUCGACUGUCUGACGACGCUGAUGGCGAUCGACGAGAGCAGUUUGAGGGGAGACAUCAUCGCCGUUAUGGCGGCGGUGAUUCGCCCUCAGGUGGUGAUAAAUUCGCAUUUAGUUGAUCUCCUCUUGUCGUUCAUUGAAAAGGCGACGGAGCCUGAACUUUGCAGCUACGGAAUUCACGUGCUCUUGGUCGCGCGAUCUCCCCACAAAAAGGAGGAACAGUACAGCCUGUUCAUUCGCCUUCUGGGAAAGUGGAAAUUCGAAUCCACUGUCCCCACUCGAGCCUGUCUGGCGAUUGACGCUUUCGCGAAGAGAGCGCGUCUGGAAGAACUGGCAGCGCAUCAAAGAGCGAAAGAGAAAAAGGAAGGAAAUGUCGAAAUCUCAGAGGGUCUUGACAAAUUUCGGCGACGCAUCUCCUAUUCCGAGGCCACACAAGUGCUGGACAAUCCUUAUCCUCCUGCCUGGAUGGGACGAGAUGCAGACGACGUCACGCAGGUGUUGUUGGUUAUGGACCGCCACUCGCAGCACCGGCGUCUCCAGGGGGCAGCUUGUCAGGCGCUGUCGUCGCUGUGUGGAGUGUCUCUUCUUCAUUGCGAACAUGUGGCGCGCGAGGGCCUUUCUCGGAUGUACACUGCGACUCUGAAUCACAAGGAAAGUCAGACGAUUGCUCUGUCGCUCUGCUCCGUCAUUUCGCUUCUCGCGUCGGUCCCAAAGUGCCGAGUUUUCCUGCAUCCCAAGAUGGUUUCCCUCAUCAAGCAAUGCAUCGCGCGACACAGAGGCGUAGGAGAAGUCGUCGGCGCAGCCUGUGGAGCCCUCGCGAAACUGGAUGCCUUCUUCCCGCUGACAAACGAAAACUUGGAGAGGUUGACGUUGGCUAUCAUCGUGAACAACUUGAAAAACUCAUCUGACCAGCCUCAGGUCGUGAUACCCACCGCGGAUUUGAUUCAGCGCGUCGCCGGGAAAGUCAAUGAACUUGGAGACGUCCGGGAGAGACUUAUUGAGCUGGACGUUGUCGAGGCUCUUGUGAAGUCGAUCACAGGCUGCAGCGGAGAUUUGGAGGCUUGUCAACUGGCGUGCAGAGCGAUCUCUCGGCUGGUGUAUCAGCAGCCACACGGGUCGCGGAUCUACACGGACCUCGUGCGUCUGCGAGUGAUGACUGCUUUUCUCUUUGUUCUUCUCAAACACCACAGAAAUGAAUCUUUCUGCAGAGACGUUCUCUGCUGCGUUGCCAAUUGCGCCUCCUACCAGCCUUGCGCUGAAGCCGUGAUGGAGAGAGGCGUCAAUGUCAUUUGCAAGGCGAUGGACGCAAACAUCAAGAGCAUCGAGGUGGUUGCACAGGGAUGUCGGUGUUUGGGUCUCUUAGCUGGACAGGCGGCGCUGAAGGAUGCAGCUGAGCGUCGCGCGGAAGCGAUUAUUUCCUUUGCAUGCGAGCAGUUUUCCAGCAAGCAAGAGACUCGCCGGCUUCUCUCCGAUUUUCUGUGGGCCGUUUUUCGACAGAAGGGCGUGCCGCCGCAGCUCAUCGAGCGCCUGUGGAAUCCCUCCGAGCCGUUCCAGACCCCUCGAGCUGGGAGUCUCUCCGCAAGCAACGGAGAAAAGAGAGAAGGAAAGUUGAGAGAAGAACGGCGAAGAAUGGUCCAGAGAGAAGACCGCCGAGACGAGUCUCCAGAGCGCCUGCGAUCCAGAUCUCCUACCGACCCACGAGCGCUUGCGCGAGUAUCCUCCCACCGCACGCUGCGCUCACCAUCGAUGUCUCCGCUGCCGUCCUUCAGAGACUUGAAGUGAAAAACGCGCAAGAGGGUGUACCUUGGAGACGGUGCCCGGAUUGGCCUCGUUUGCUUUCGUCGAGGAAUGCGCGACCGGUUUUGAGACUUGUAUGGAAGUGAAGAGCACACCGGACCGGACGCCGGGGCCAGAGGUGUGUGAGAGCAGUGGGUUCAACUGUUUUGGCUUUUCCAACAAACUUUAGUUGUUGGUUAGAAAGGAAGCGCUUCAAGUGGCUUCAAAAUCGCGGGAAUAAUUCGAGGAAAGGCUUCCGAAAAAGGAAGGAACAAACGAAAAGCUGGGGUGUAACCACAGAAGGAUACUUGAAAACUGUCAUGGAAAGAAGGAGACGAAGAAGGACAAGCGCGAGAAGAGCGAUCUAUGGAGAAAAAAGAUGAAUUCACGGCCGAGAAAAAGGAAGACGGCGAGAGUGGUGACUCGGAAAGGUGAUGGAGAGGAAUCGAAUAUAGAGACCGGGACAAGACCGUAUGGAAGCGAACAAAGAAAAGGCAGGGAACAGAAGAAAACAGGAUCCAGAAAAGGGAGAAGAAGAGAUGAGAACGACAGGCACAACAGACGACGCUCCAGGCGAGUGUCCGCACCCUUGCGUGACUUCGCCGGUUGUCUCCGUCUACGCAGUGGUGCAUGAAACAUCGACAUUUUUCGCAUUUGCUUUUUACAGAAUUUUUUCGCUUUGCCAGGCAAACGCUUCUCUCUUUUCCCCUUCUUGCCCCUUUCAUCUCGAAUACCUUCUUGCAACCGUUGUGUGCUCGGGACUGUGCUUCUCUCUCUCUGCACUUGCCGCUUUCCCUACACGAGAGUUCCCGCUGUCUUCCUCAGGGAUUGGCUCUCCUCCGUUAUCCUCCUGUCAGCAUCUGUGAAGAAGAUCCCGGUUCCUGUUGGCUCCGACAGAAUCUUCGACCCUUUGGACUUCUUUGCUCGAAGACACAUCGCGCUUGUGGCUG